AUGGCCACAAUGAUCGAAGAGAACAAGGAAAACGCGACUGAUGCAAAAAUCUCUGAGUUGGAGCGUCUUUCCACCGAGAAUCUGCGAUUGAAAGAACAGCUUGCCCAGCUCAAACAAGCUACAUGCGUGGAGACUGGAAACAUUUAUCAUGAAUCGAAUCCAGAAGAAAGUCAGUACCUCGACCAAAUUCGAAAGAUUCUCCAGAAGAACGCGGCGAGAACUGAUAGAACCGGCACAGGCACAAUCAGCAUUUUUGGACUUCAGAGCCGAUACUCGCUUCGUAAUGGAUCGAUUCCAUUAUUGACGACAAAGCGGGUCUUUUGGAGGGGAAUCGUCGAAGAGCUUUUAUGGUUUAUCACUGGUUCUACGGACGCAAAACUUCUACAGGCCAAAAAAGUCAAUUUUUGGGAUGACAACGGCAGUCGUGCCUUCUUGGAUAAAUUGGGAUUUGUGGAUCGUGAAGAGGGUGACCUUGGACCAGUUUAUGGAUUUCAGUGGCGACAUUUUGGGGCAAAAUAUGUCGAUUGUCACGCCGACUAUACAGGGCAGGGUGUUGAUCAACUUUCUGAGGUAAUUCGCCAAAUCAAGGAAACUCCGGAUAGUCGACGAAUCAUUAUGUGCGCCUGGAAUCCAGCGGAUUUACAUCUGAUGGCUUUGCCACCAUGUCAUACUUUGUGCCAAUUCUACGUGCAAAACGGGGAAUUGAGUUGUCAACUGUAUCAGCGCAGCGGUGAUAUGGGGCUCGGAGUGCCGUUCAACAUUGCAAGUUAUGGUCUUUUGACCCACAUGAUUGCUCACGUUUGCGGUUUAAAGCCUGGUGAUUUUGUGCACACUCUUGGCGACGCUCAUGUAUACGCAAAUCAUGUGGAUGCUCUUGAAGAACAGCUAAAACGUGUCCCGUCCGCCUUUCCAACUGUCGAAUUCGUCGAUGGCAUCAAAACAAUUGAAGACUUUUCAAUGGACAAGAUCGUCCUUCGUAACUACAAUCCACAGGCAACGAUCACCAUGAAAAUGGCAGUU